GUGCUUUUGAAUGUCACUUCCUGUUUUGUCAUCCGCAUGAAGAGAGCCAACGAAGUUAUCGUCGAAGUUAAAAGUGUUUUCUCUAUAAUCAUAAACCAUCCAAUCAAGAAACUUCAAGAUAUAAGUUUCACUCUUAGCUCACAAGCGGGCAAAAGUGAAACCCUGAUAUCAAUGAGUGCAUUAAACAUCUGCGAAUAAAAGGAACCUCAGCCUUCGCAUUGUGACAAAGGGGCGGCACACAGAGAGAGAGAGAUUGCUUCAUGUGUAAAACCAGAGUAUAAAAACAGGCACCAGAGAAUCAUCACAGCACAACUUCACUGGGAAAUGGCCACUGCAGGAAAGGUGAUUAAAUGUCGGGCUGCUGUUGCCUGGGAGCCCAAUGCGCCUCUGGUAAUAGAGGAAAUAGAAGUCGGCCCACCUCAGGAAGGAGAAAUACGAAUUAAGAUUGUAGCUUCAAGUCUGUGUCACACCGAGAUGUUCCACCUGUUUGAAGGGAAGGACAAGCGGGGUUUUCCCACUGUCCUGGGACAUGAGGGCGCUGGUGUGGUGGAGAGUGUGGGACCUGGAGUCACUGAUUUCAAACCAGGUGAUAAGGUCAUUCCAGUCUCGGUCGCUCAUUGUGGAGAAUGCAGGUUCUGCAAGAGUCCAAAAACAAACUUGUGUGAACGCAGCUGGAUAAAUGAUCACGUCGAUUUGAUGUCGUAUCCCACAACAUGUUUCACUUGCCGUGGUCAGCCCAUCCUGCAGUUCACAAGCACCGGUACCUUCUCUGAAUACAUCGUCAUCAACCAGAUUUAUGUGGUCAAGAUUCAUGAUGAUGCCCCUCUCGACCGUGUGUGUCUGCUCGGCUGCGGCAUCCCUACCGGUUAUGGAGCUGCUGUCAACACGGCUGGGGUCACACCAGGCUCAGUGUGUGCAGUGUUUGGACUGGGUGCAGUAGGUCUGGCUGCAGUCAUGGGCUGUAAAAACGCCGGAGCCUCCCGCAUCUUUGCUGUGGAUAUUAAUGAGCAGAAGUUUGAGAAGGCAAAGCUCUUUGGUGCCACUGAUUUUCUGAAUCCGAAGGCAUAUGAUAAACCCAUCUCUGAAGUACUGGCAGAACUUACUAAUGGAGGAGUGGAUUUCUCAAUUGAGUGUGUGGGCAACCCUGAAGUAAUGAGAGCUGCACUGGAGUCAUGUAUUAAAGGUUGGGGUGUGAGUGUUUUGGUUGGCUAUACUGAUGUAGACUUUUCAGCGCGGCCAAUUCAACUCAUAUCUGGGAAAACCUGGAAGGGAACCCUAUUAGGAGGUUAUAAGAUCAAGGACUCUCUUCCAAAACUGGUUAAUGACUACAUGACUGGCAAAAUAAUGGUUGAUGAGUUCAUAACCCACAAAAUGGAUCUGGAGCAAAUCAACGAUGCCAUCAACCUCAUGAAAACUGGACAAUGCAUUCGAUGCAUCCUGAACAUAUCCAAAUGAGAAUCAAGUCAUCUCCAAUCAACUUCUACGCCACAGUUUGAGACAACCAGAUGGGAACAGAUCGCUCAGACUUAACGCAGACACACUCAAUACUAGUUUAAAGUACUGUAACUAUUUCUGAAAGUUGUAGAAAGAAAUCUUCUGCCUGGCUAAAAAUUAGAUUGUUUCACCAAAAAGCAACAAUUCAAUACGGACGAAUCUCUUGGAUGAUCUUAUGAACUGCUUUCAUAAGUCAUUGUUUAAAUUUCAUUCAUUUAUUUUUUAAUGAUUGACAGAUUUUCGGCAUUUGUUGUACACAAAAAAAAUCACACAAAAUAAAGAAGAAAAUAUACUUUAA